UAAGUCUCCCCGCUGAACUACUAUGAGGCCAGAAGCCUUGCUGCUAAGUCUCACACUGCUGCACAGCGCUGGGGCCGGUUUCCCAGAAGACUCUGAGCCAAUCAGUAUUUCGCAUGGCAACUAUACAAAACAGUAUCCGGUGUUUGUGGGCCACAAGCCAGGACGGAACACCACACAGAGGCACAGGCUGGACAUCCAGAUGAUCAUGGUCAUGAACAGAACCCUCUACGUCGCAGCUCGGGACCAUAUUUAUACUGUUGAUAUAGAUACAUCCCACACAGAAGAAAUUUAUUGUAGCAAAAAACUGACAUGGAAAUCUAGGCAGGCUGAUGUAGACACAUGCAGAAUGAAGGGGAAACAUAAGGAUGAGUGUCACAAUUUCAUUAAAGUUCUUCUCAAGAAGAAUGAUGAUACCCUGUUUGUCUGUGGAACCAAUGCCUUCAACCCUUCCUGCAGAAACUACAAGAUUGAUACUUUGGAAACUUUUGGAGAUGAAUUUAGCGGAAUGGCCAGAUGCCCUUAUGAUGCCAAACAUGCCAACAUCGCUCUGUUCGCAGAUGGAAAACUCUACUCUGCCACGGUAACUGACUUCUUGGCCAUUGACGCAGUCAUUUACAGGAGCCUUGGAGACAGCCCUACCCUCAGGACCGUCAAACAUGAUUCAAAGUGGUUGAAAGAACCAUACUUUGUCCAAGCACUGGACUAUGGAGACUAUAUCUACUUCUUCUUCAGAGAAAUUGCCGUAGAGUACAACACCAUGGGGAAGGUGGUUUUUCCAAGGGUGGCUCAGGUUUGUAAGAAUGACAGGGGAGGGUCUCAGAGAGUCCUGGAGAAGCAGUGGACAUCGUUCCUGAAGGCUCGCCUGAACUGCUCCGUGCCUGGAGACUCUCAUUUCUAUUUCAAUAUACUCCAGGCAGUUACAGAUGUGAUUCGCAUUAAUGGCCGUGACGUUGUCUUGGCAACCUUUUCCACGCCUUAUAACAGCAUCCCUGGGUCUGCAGUCUGUGCCUAUGACAUGCUCGACAUUGCCAAUGUUUUUACUGGGAGAUUCAAGGAACAGAAAUCUCCUGAUUCUACUUGGACACCAGUUCCAGAUGAGCGCGUCCCUAAACCCAGGCCAGGUUGUUGUGCUGGCUCAUCCUCUUUAGAAAAGUAUGCAACCUCCAAUGAGUUUCCAGACGAUACCCUGAACUUCAUUAAGACGCAUCCACUGAUGGACGAGGCAGUACCUUCCAUCAUCAACCGACCGUGGUUCCUGAGGACGAUGGUCAGAUACCGCCUGACCAAAAUUGCAGUUGACAAUGCGGCUGGGCCAUAUCAGAAUCACACUGUGGUUUUCCUGGGAUCAGAAAAGGGAAUCAUCUUGAAGUUCCUGGCCAGGAUAGGAAGCAGUGGUUUCUUAAAUGGCAGCCUUUUCCUGGAGGAGAUGAAUGUUUACAACCCAGAAAAGUGCAGCUAUGACGGCGUAGAAGACAAAAGGAUCAUGGGCAUGCAGCUCGACAGGGCAAGUGGCUCCCUGUAUGUUGCAUUCUCUACCUGUGUGAUAAAGGUGCCUCUUGGUCGGUGUGAGCGGCAUGGCAAGUGUAAAAAAACCUGUAUCGCCUCCAGAGACCCAUACUGUGGGUGGGUAAAGGAAAGUGGUUCCUGUGUCCAUCUGUCACCCCAUAGCAGACUGGCUUUUGAACAGGACGUAGAGCGUGGCAAUACAGACGGCCUAGGAGACUGUCACAAUUCCUUCGUGGCACUGAAUGGGCACUCCAGUUCCCUCGUGCCCAGCACCACCACGUCAGAUUCGGCAUCCCAAGAGGGGUAUGAGUCUAGGGGAGGCAUGCUGGACUGGAACAACCUGCUCGAGGCACCCGGCAGCACAGACCCUUUGGGGGCAGUGUCCUCACAUAACCACCAGGACAAGAAGGGAGUGAUUCGGGAAAGUUACCUCAAAAGCAACGACCAGCUUGUUCCUGUCACCCUCUUGGCCAUUGCAGUCAUUCUGGCUUUUGUCAUGGGGGCCGUCUUCUCGGGCAUCAUCGUGUAUUGUGUGUGCGAUCACCGGCGCAAAGACGUGGCCGUCGUGCAGCGCAAGGAGAAAGAGCUCACCCACUCGCGUCGGGGAUCGAUGAGCAGCGUCACCAAGCUCAGUGGCCUCUUUGGGGACACCCAGUCCAAAGACCCGAAGCCGGAGGCCAUCCUCACGCCACUCAUGCACAACGGCAAGCUGGCCACGCCUAGCAACACGGCCAAGAUGCUCAUCAAGGCUGAUCAGCACCACCUCGACCUCACCGCCCUGCCCACCCCGGAAUCCACCCCGACGCUGCAGCAGAAGCGGAAGCCCAACCGGGGCAGCCGCGAGUGGGAGAGGAAUCAGAACCUCAUCAACGCCUGCACCAAGGACAUGCCCCCUAUGGGCUCCCCGGUGAUUCCCACGGACCUGCCCCUACGGGCUUCCCCAAGUCACAUCCCCAGCGUGGUGGUGCUGCCCAUCACGCAGCAGGGCUACCAGCAUGAGUACGUGGAUCAGCCUAAAAUGAGCGAGGUGGUGGCUCAGAUGGCCCUGGAGGACCAGGCUGCCACCCUGGAGUAUAAGACCAUCAAAGAGCAUCUGAGCAGCAAGAGUCCCAACCACGGGGUGAACCUCGUGGAGAACCUGGACAGCCUGCCCCCCAAAGUUCCACAGCGCGAGGCCUCGUUGGGCCCCCCAGGAGCCUCGCUGUCCCAGACCGGCCUAAGCAAGCGGCUGGAAAUGCACCACUCCUCCUCCUACGGGCUUGAGUAUAAGAGGAGCUACCCCACGAACUCGCUCACGAGAAGCCACCAGGCCACCACUCUCAAAAGAAACAAUACUAACUCCUCCAAUUCCUCCCACCUCUCCAGGAACCAGAGCUUUGGCCGGGGAGACAACCCGCCUCCCGCCCCGCAGCGGGUGGACUCUAUCCAGGUGCACGGCUCCCAGCCCCCUGGCCAGGCUGUGACUGUUUCGAGGCAGCCCAGCCUCAAUGCCUACAACUCACUGACGAGGUCGGGGCUGAAGCGCACCCCCUCGCUAAAGCCAGAUGUACCCCCCAAACCCUCCUUUGCUCCCCUUUCCACAUCCAUGAAGCCCAAUGAUGCGUGUACAUAAUCCCUGGGGUUGGGGCCAGGAGUCGAAGCAUCAGACGAGGCGAGGCACCCACCCAGCUCAGCAAGGUCUCCACUGCCUCGAGUAUCCACCCGACCAAGAUGGCCCUGGAGGAGUUGAGGACGCUGAGUCCUCCUCCCUGGGACACAGGGACACUCUUGAAAAGCAGGCCAUGUGGUUUGGUGAAGGUUAGCUACAGGCACGUCCAUUCUCUUCCUUCACACUCCCCCACAUCGUACAGCAGGUCGGACUCACGAAAGACUUCAGUAUCAUCACAAACAUGAGCCAAAAGCACAUCCGCGCCCCAUCCCCACAUGAACACACAUGCACACCCCACACUCAUAUGCGUGCACUACACACACACACACACACACACACACACACACACACACACGUGAACAACCACCAUAACAUUUUGUCCCUGCUUGCAUGGGACGUUACCAAACUGGGCUAAGCGUUCAAAACUUUAAAACACAAAUACAUUUUUCAAAAAAAAAACAUGAAAAUUAAAAAAAACAAAAAAAAAAUAAAAAUAAAUAAAGAAUUCAUUGAUAAUUCUAACUCAGACUUUAACAAUGGCAGAAGUUUACUAUGCGCAGAUACUGUGAAAUGCCCGCCAGUGUUACGGCUUUGUUAAAGCAGGUAAAUGCCAUGUUGGGCAACGAUGUCAUAGAUUUCUGCUCCUCUUCGCUUUUAAUGAAUAACGUGACCGUUAACUCAAGUAACUCUUAUUUAUUGUUCACCCUUUUCUUUUUCCUUAAGGAAAAGACUCUUCCAAAUGCCACCGUAUGAACAGCUCUGCAGAAAGCCCGUGGAAAGUUAAACUAUUUAACGUGAAAUCCAUUAACUGGAAUAAUUGAGUUUCUUUAUUUUUACAAUAAAUUCACUGAGUAAAUAA